AUGGACAGGAGCUCCCUGCUGCAGCUCAUCCAGGAGCAGCAGCUGGACCCCGAGAACACAGGCUUCAUCGGCGCAGACACCUUCGCUGGUCUGGUGCACAGCCAUGAGCUGCCCCUGGACCCGGCCAAGCUGGACAUGCUGGUGGCCCUGGCCCAGAGCAACGAGCGGGGCCAGGUCUGCUACCAGGAGCUGGUGGACCUGAUCAGCAGCAAGCGCUCCAGCAGCUUCAAGCGGGCCAUUGCUAAUGGACAGCGGGCGCUGCCCCGGGACGGGCUGCUGGACGAGCCGGGCCUGGGUGUCUACAAGCGGUUUGUGCGCUAUGUAGCCUACGAGAUCCUGCCCUGUGAGGUGGACCGCCGCUGGUACUUCUACCGCCACCGCAGCUGCCCGCCCCCUGUGUUCAUGGCCUCUGUCACCCUUGCCCAGAUCAUCGUGUUUCUGUGCUAUGGGGCCCGCCUCAACAAGUGGGUGCUGCAGACCUACCACCCUGAGUACAUGAAGAGCCCCCUCGUGUACCACCCUGGGCACCGCGCCCGGGCCUGGCGUUUCCUCACCUACAUGUUCAUGCACGUCGGGCUGGAGCAGCUGGGGUUCAAUGCCCUCCUGCAGCUGAUGAUCGGGGUGCCCCUGGAGAUGGUGCACGGCCUGCUCCGCAUCAGCCUGCUCUACCUGGCGGGCGUGCUGGCAGGCUCCCUGACGGUCUCCAUCACCGACAUGCGGGCCCCCGUGGUGGGCGGCUCCGGCGGAGUGUACGCUCUGUGCUCUGCACACCUGGCCAACGUUGUCAUGAACUGGGCUGGCAUGAGGUGUCCCUACAAGCUGCUGAGAAUGGUGCUGGCCUUGGUGUGCAUGAGCUCCGAGGUGGGCCGGGCCGUGUGGCUGCGCUUCUCCCCACCGCUGCCUGCCUCAGGCCCGCAGCCCAGCUUCAUGGCACACCUGGCGGGCGCGGUGGUGGGUGUCAGCAUGGGCCUGACCAUCCUGCGCAGCUACGAGGAGCGCCUGCAGGACCAGUGUGGCUGGUGGGUGGUGCUGCUGGCCUACGGCACCUUCCUGCUCUUCGCCGUCUUCUGGAACAUCUUCGCCUACGACCUGCUGGGUGCCCACAUCCCCCCGCCGCCCUGA